AUGAAAUCAAAGCUAUCAAUACCUUUCAAGUCUCAUGAUAUCCUCGGUGAAGAGGUCAAUACUAUGAACUCAAAGUACCAGGCCCUUCUACAAAGACUAACAAUGGUUUCAACAACAGUCCAUCAGCUAUUAAACGGGGACUUUCUCUUGGACUAUCUCUUGGCCUCGAUUCGUCACAGCUCUGCGGAAGUCUUUGGUUUCGAAAAGAAACAGGACAUUCCGGAGGUCUAUGUCAUGGACAACACACCCACGAACUAA